AUGGCAACUGCUGCUUUAAAGCCCCUUUCUUUCUAUGCUUCAGAUAAAUUGUGUGCUGGUUUUUCCAGUUCUUACCAGUUGAAUGGUGGGUUCAGACCCACAAGCAAAAAUUCCAAAUCUUUAUAUUUGAGCAGGGAUGAAUAUCUCAAGAAUUGCAGAAUACGUAUCUUGAGAAGUGGGGUUAACUGUUCUUUGCUGCCUCCUAACGGAUGCAAGAACUUACCUGACAGAAUUCGACACCAAAAACGGACCUUGCGAGCUUGUAAUUUUGUUGAGCUUGAUUUCGUUACGACUUGUAGGGAUACCAAGAAGAAAGGGAUGAAAUUGGUUGGGGUGAAAGCAGUGGUGGACGCUGAUAAAGUGGCGGAGAGCAAUGGAGUUUUGGGAGGAGUAGAAGAAGGGAGUGGGAACUAUGAUGCCAUUGUUAUCGGGUCUGGGAUUGGUGGUCUUGUGGCAGCUACUCAGCUGGCUGUAAAAGGAGCUCGGGUCUUGGUCUUAGAGAAAUAUGUGAUCCCUGGUGGGAGCUCUGGGUAUUAUGAAAGGGAUGGUUAUACAUUUGAUGUCGGAUCAUCCGUAAUGUUUGGUUUCAGUGAUAAGGGAAACCUGAAUUUGAUAACUCAGGCUUUGGCUGCGGUGGGAUGCAAAUUAGAUGUCAUACCUGACCCUACUACUGUGCACUUUCACCUACCCAACAAUCUCUCUGUCCUAGUACACAGAGAAUACAGUGAUUUUAUUGAAGAACUCGUGAGUAAAUUUCCGCAUGAAAAGGAAGGGAUUCUUGAGUUUUAUGGUAUUUGUUGGAAGAUUUUCAAUUCCCUCAAUUCAAUGGAGUUAAAGUCACUAGAAGAACCGAUGUACCUUUUUGGACAGUUUUUCAAAAAGCCUGCUGAGUGCAUGACGCUUGCCUACUAUUUGCCCCAGAAUGCUGGUGACAUAGCUCGGAAGUUCAUCAAAGAUCCAGAGCUGUUGUCCUUUAUAGAUGCUGAGUGUUUUAUAGUUAGCACUGUUAAUGCUUUACGGACGCCCAUGAUCAAUGCAAGCAUGGUUUUAUGUGACAGGCAUUUCGGAGGAAUCAAUUACCCUGUUGGUGGCGUUGGCGAAAUUGCCAAGUCAUUGGCAAAAGGCUUAGUUAAGAUGGGUGGCAAGAUACUUUACAAGGCUAAUGUGACAAACAUUAUCGUCGAAAACGAAAAAGCAGUGGGUGUGAUACUGUCAGAUAAAAGGAAAUUCUAUGCUAAGACCAUUAUAUCCAAUGCUACAAGAUGGGACACAUUUGGAAAACUUUUGGACAGGAAAAAUCUUCCUAAAGAUGAAGAAAAUUUCCAGAAAGCGUAUGUCAAAGCCCCAUCCUUCCUUUCUAUUCAUGUGGGAAUUAAAGCUGAGGCUUUACCACCAGGCACUGACUGCCACCAUUUUGUUCUCGAGGAUGACUGGAAAAAUUUAGAAAUACCUUACGGGAGCAUAUUUUUAAGUAUUCCCACAGUACUCGAUCCAUCAUUAGCUCCAGAAGGUCGCCAUAUACUACACAUAUUUACUACUUCCUCCAUCGAGGACUGGGAGGGACUUUCUGUAAAAGACUACGAAGCAAAAAAGGAGCUUAUAGCAGACAAAAUCAUCGGCAGACUUGAAAAUAAACUCUUUCCAGGACUGAAGUCGGCAAUUGUUUUUAAAGAGGUUGGAACACCAAAGACGCAUCGCCGGUACUUGGCCCGCGAUAGCGGUACCUAUGGUCCAAUGCCACGUAAUAUUCCUAAAGGCCUGCUGGCAAUGCCAUUCAAUACAACGAGUCUAAAUGGCCUAUAUUGUGUCGGAGAUAGCUGCUUUCCAGGACAAGGGGUUAUAGCUGUUGCUUUCUCUGGAGUUAUGUGUGCUCAUCGAGUAGGUGCUGACCUAGGGCUGGAAAGGAAAGUCCCUAUAUUGGAUGCUGCUCUCCUCCGGUUACUUGGAUGGUUGAGGACCUUAGCAUGA